GUGACGUCAAGACGCCGCCGUCGGGACGUCGAAGCCCAAGGAAGAAAAGAGCCAGCCGGGUCGCGAGAAGUUCCGUUGCCCGCAGCCGUGCUGCCGUCGUUUAGAGCCACUGCUGGCGAGUCCCGGGGGUGUACGGCCGAGACAGUAAAAAGCAGUCUGGCUCCCGAAGUCCACCCCUUACACCCCAGGGUCCAGAUGGCGGCCAACGUGGGUGACCAGCGUAGCACAGAUUGGUCCUCUCAGUACAGUAUGGUGGCUGGGACAGGCAGAGAGAACGGCAUGGAGACCCCCAUGCACGAGAACCCGGAGUGGGAGAAGGCCCGCCAGGCCUUGGCCAGCAUCAGCAAAGCGGGAGCCGCCGGCAGCUCCGCCAAGGCCAGCAGCAACGGGCCUGUGGCCAGUGCACAGUACGUGUCCCAGGCAGAAGCCUCAGCUCUGCAGCAGCAGCAGUACUACCAGUGGUACCAGCAGUACAACUACGCCUACCCAUACAGCUACUACUAUCCCAUGCAGAGCAUGUACCAGAGCUAUGGCUCCCCCUCCCAGUACGGGAUGGCCGGCUCCUAUGGCUCAGCCACGCCCCAGCAGCCAUCUGCACCCCAGCACCAAGGGACCCUGAACCAGCCCCCGGUCCCGGGCAUGGAUGAAGGCCUGUCCUACCAGGCCCCCCCCCAGCAGCUGCCGACGGCCCAGCCCCCUCAGCCCUCCAACCCGCCGCAUGGGGCCCAUUCUCUGAGCAGCGGGCCCCAGCCGGGCACGGCCCCCGCCACUCAGCACAGCCAGGCAGGGCCCGCGUCGGGCCAGGCCUAUGGGCAGCACACCUACACGGAGCCCGCCAAGCCCAAAAAGGGCCAGCAGCUGUGGAACCGCAUGAAACCAGCCCCUGGGACUGGUGGUCUCAAGUUCAACAUUCAGAAACGGCCUUUUGCUGUCACAAGCCAGACCUUCAGCUCCACCGCGGAGGGCCAGCACGGCGGCUUCGGCCCCCAGCCCAACCCCGAGAAAGCCCAGAACCACAGGGGGCACCUGUCUGGGAAGCCCGACGACUGGCCGCAGGACAUGAAGGAGUACGUGGAGCGCUGCUUCACGGCCUGCGAGUCGGAGGAGGACAAGGACCGGACCGAGAAGCUGCUCAAGGAGGUGCUGCAGGCCCGGCUCCAGGACGGCUCGGCCUAUACCAUCGACUGGAGCCGGGAGCCCCUGCCAGGGCUGACUCGGGAGCCUGUGGCUGAGAGCCCCAAGAAGAAGCGGUGGGAGGCCCCUAGCAGCCUCCACUCUCCGAGGGGGGCAGGCUCAGCAACCAGGGGCGGGGGUGCCCAGUCCCAGCGAGGGACGCCCGGGGCUGGGGGUGCUGGCCGAGCCCGGGGCAGCAGCUUCGCCAAGUUCGGCAACCGCAAUGUCUUCAUGAAGGACCACAGCUCCUCCUCCAGCACGGACUCGCGUUCCCGCUCCUCCUCCCGGUCCCCGACCCGCCACUUCCGCCGCAGUGACUCCCACUCAGAUUCUGACAGUUCCUACUCAGGGAACGAGUGUCACCCCGUGGGGCGCAGAAACCCUCCCCCUAAGGGCCGGGGAGGCCGGGGGGCCCACAUGGACCGGGGCCGAGGCAGGGCGCAGCGUGGGAAGAGGCACGAUAUAGCGCCCACCAAGCGCAGCCGCAAGAAGAUGGCGGCCCUGGAGUGCGAGGACCCCGAGCGCGAGCUGAAGAAGCAGAAGCGGGCGGCGCGCUUCCAGCACGGCCAUUCCCGCCGCCUGCGCCUGGAGCCCCUGGUGCUGCAGAUGGGCAGCCUGGAGAGCAGCGGGGCCGACCCCGACUGGCAGGAGCUGCAGAUCGUGGGCACCUGCCCCGACAUCACCAAGCACUACCUGCGUCUCACCUGCGCCCCAGACCCGUCCACCGUGCGCCCCGUGUCCGUUUUGAAGAAGUCGCUGUGCAUGGUCAAGUCCCACUGGAAGGAGAAGCAGGACUACGCCUUUGCCUGCGAGCAGAUGAAGUCCAUCCGGCAGGACCUGACGGUGCAAGGUGUGCGAACUGAGUUCACGGUGGAGGUGUACGAGACACACGCCCGCAUCGCCUUGGAGAAGGGAGACCACGAAGAGUUCAACCAGUGCCAGACGCAGCUCAAGUCCCUGUACGCCGAGAACUUGCCGGGCAACGUGGGCGAGUUCACCGCCUACCGCAUCCUCUACUACAUCUUCACCAAGAACUCAGGAGACAUCACCACGGAGCUGGCUUACCUGACACGGGAACUGAAAGCGGACCCUUGCGUGGCCCACGCCUUGGCACUCCGGGCCGCCUGGGCUCUGGGCAACUACCACCGCUUCUUCCGGCUCUACUCCCACGCGCCCUGUAUGUCUGGCUACCUCGUGGACAAGUUUGCAGACCGGGAGCGCAAGGCUGCCCUCAAGGCUAUGAUCAAAACGUAUGUGAAGCCGAGCUUCCCCGCUGUCCCUCUGUUCUGCGGCUGCCGCCGCCCUCGUCCCCCCUUCCUCUCUCCCCUGCUCUGCCUUCAGGGGCCACCAGGCCUCCAGCUCCCCUCCCCGGUCUCACUCCCCGGGUCACCUUCCCACACUCGGCCGUCCUCGCCAGGCUUGCUCCUCUGCACACCGCCCUCCUCUGUGCCCCUCCCUCCGUCACUCUCUCGCUCAGGGCUCGUGGGUCCCCCUGCUCGCAUCACCUGGACCCCAGCUGUCUCCUUGCUCCGGCCUCCCCUCCCGCUUUCCUCUCCGGUCACUGGGCUCUGCUCUCUGGGGACAACCAGCAGAGCUGGCCCUGCCCUCGGCAGCUGUGGUCAGGGGGUCAAGGACCCGGUCCCCUUGAGCUCCUCCGAGAGCAGGCGUGAUGUGGGGCAAGCUAGGCCUGGACAGCACUCAGCGGGGUGCCCUCUGUUCACCACAAGGGGUGGGCUCACUGUUAGGGCGGGAGGGAGGUGCCCCGGGGUAAGGUGAUGGCAGCACACAGCGUCCCGCGUCACAGCCCUGGUGCGCCUGUUCUCCCCCAGGGGCCUUGAAUGUUGAAGGGAGAGUGGGGCCCAGGUAGUGGAGAGGAAGGAGUGGGGCACAAACGGGACAGGGUGCACAGGACCUGCUUUCCAGCCCAGGACCCAGGAGGGGACCCUGGCUGCCCUGAGUGCUGUUCCCGGGGCCAUAGCGGGCAGGUUACCAUUUCUCCUUGUUUUUCACACCCUUGGCCUUGUGUUCCUCUUCCUCCCGCCACUGAAGGUGGUGUCGCUUCUCCUGGGCAGAGCCGGUUGGGCCUGGGCCAGCUUCGGAGUUGGGGGUGCAGGGUGGGCUGCAGCCUCUCUUAUGCCCCCCGGGAGGGACAUCCAGGGUGGCAACAGUGUUUUUAGGCUUGAGGCAAGACUGGUUCAAAUACUUUCUGCCAGUUACUGCCCAGGCGACACUGGCCAAGUGGCUUUGUCCUCGGGUUUGUAAAGGUAGGACCGCACAGCUUAGGGAGGCGGGGAGGGAGUUCAUGCUGCGGCACCUGGAAGAGUUCAUUCCCAGCGCCGGCUGGGCCUCUGACCAGCCAGGUCCCCCAGGGUAGCCGUCAGCCCUGCCGCCCCGUGCCUGUCCCUUGCCCCUUGGUCACAGUGGGCCCUCUUCUGAGGGUCUGCCCAGGCCCCAGCCAGCAGAAGAGCUGGCGGGGCCCUUCCCUCCUAGCCCUUCCUCCCGGUCCCCCCACCCCUGCACAGGUAAGUGAGGGCGAGGGGGGGCGCAGCCGGGGCUGGGGCUCCCAACCCCACCCCAGGCCCCCCCCGAGCCCGCGGUGGGGAGGCUGUGGGCUGGUGGUGGGGUCAGCAGGUAACGUGCUGAGGAAACCUCUUGGGUACCUGAAUGGGGGGCACCCACUCCCUGCUCGUGGGGCGCUCCCCAGUCCGCCGCCCGCCUCAUCGCGUUCUCCUCUUGUCUCCGUAGCUUCCGCCCUGCGCUGCCAGUCUCCUACCUGCAGGCCGAGCUGGCCUUCGAGGGCGAGGCCGCCUGCCGGGCCUUCCUAGAGCCCCUAGGCCUGGCCUACACGGGCCCGGACAACUCCAGCAUCGACU